UGUCGUCUGCUCGUCUGCUGAUCCCGUCACUCCUGGUGAUUCCUGGUUCCUGGUCGUUCCUGCCUCGGAGAUGUCACGGAAGGUCGUGGCCCUCGUUCACCUUUGGCCGGUGCAGUUCCGUUAAUUUGAAGGAGGAGCCUCAAAAUUAAACGAAGAUCAAUAAUAAUAAUUCUACGCGAACCGUGUCGCCGAACAAUAGAUAACCUUCAAUGUCGUGCGUUUCGAAAUAAUUUGAAAUGUGUGUAAAGAUCAAUCCGCAUCCGAGGAAGAAAACUGGUCUUUUCUAUCGAUAUGGAUAUGUACUCUUAAUGCUCGCAUGCAUGAUAUUUGCGACUAUUCAACCGCAUAUUGGCGGAACGAAUGGUCUGAUCAACGGUAACUUUAUUAUUCGCUAUUUCGCUGUGCCUUUAACGUACUUGGAAGCUGGAUUAUUAUGCGAUCCCAAAUCUCUUUACUCGACGCUGAAGAACGGCUAUCUUCUGACAUUUGUGAUGGUUUUCGUGUACAUUUUGAUGCCCUCUCUAGCACGACUCGGGACGUAUCUGUUGAUGACCUAUGCGAAAGUUAAUGUGUGGCUACUCAAAGGAAUGGAGGUCCUUUACUGCAUGCCACCGCCAUUCAGUACGGGACUUGCCUUGUGCCGUUUGGCACAGGCUGAUUUGCCCACGAGCGUAAUUACCACCCUCGUUUCGCACUUUGGAGGAUUAUUCUUAUCUCCUAUUUUACUAUAUCUAAUGUUAGGGACAUCUACUCCACCACUAGUCGGAAUUAACAUCAGAGAGACUAUAUACAGCACGCUUAUUCCAUUGGGGACGGGUAUCGUUCUACGGGCAUUCGUACUGAAAAACAGAUGCUUGAACGUUAAUACGAGUUGGUUUUCCCAAGGUUUGUUGCUAGCAAUAGCGUAUCACUGGUUUUGCGACGCCGUACUGGCAGAUGCUUCAUCAUUGCAAGCGGUGGAUAUACUGUUCUGCGUACUCAUCACAUGCCUGGGCCAGCUCCUUCUUAGUAGUCUAUGCUGGAUCUUGUGCUCCCAGUGGUUGCCGCGGGAUAUUCUUCUGGCUGCGUUAUUUACCAGCACUCACAAAUCCGUUAGUCUCGGCGGUUGGAUCUUGCGUGGAGCGUAUCACGGCUCAGCUCAUGGGCCAGCAGUGAAUUUGCCAUUAACGAUAUUACCCGUUGCACAAUUGUUGUUAGGUAGUUUGUUAGCCAGCUGGCUGGCUCCAUAA